AUGGCGCUAACCAAAUCGCCUGAGCCAAGGGUGCUUAGGAAGCGUCAAGCCCGCAAGCUCAAACACUUGAGCCCGAAACCCCCCGGCCGCCCCGCUUCCAAGUCAGUUACUCGGCGAGAUACUACAAUCGGGUAUACUGUGGAUGUUCCAGGCGUCGGAGUGCUGGGUGGAUUCACGGCACCACCAUUCAGGGCCAUGCGGAUCGACGAUAUGCUGAGUUCGACUGGAGGCAGUACAUACCGUACAAGAGCUGAACGAGAAGAAGAUGCUGCUCUAGGCAACUACAUGAGUCACAUGCCCCCUCUCGUCCGCGGUACUGUGCCUCUCGUCCACGCUUCUCUGCCUCUCGUCCACCACACUCGGCCUCUCAUCAACGGCGGUCCUUCUGUGUCUAGCGUUCACAGAUCAGCUCCGACUUCACUGGAAAACACUUCUCCUCGAAUGACAGACACUCCGCAACCGCUAUGGGGUGGAGCAGCCUCUACCAACAGAUCAACCCACGCUACCCAGCCUACGGAAUCAGUGCCCAGCCUUCCCCAAGACACGCAGUACCCCGCCGGCAGCAGCCUAUAUCGUGACAACACUCUGUACAUUAGCAAGGAACUGCACGAAGAUAUGCAGUAUGCUUUCCGGAGAAUUGCGCACCCCCCUGGCUCUAGCGAAACCAUGCUUGGCGCACUCACUUACGCUAUGGCCAAUGCAAUGGAUGGACUAUAUGGAACACCUCAGUGGUUGCGCAACGGACGACAGCCAUCGAUGGCUUCCAUGAACGACGCCGUCAAUAUGAUGGCUUGGCACCACCCAGCUUCCUAUGACCCGAACAGCACGACGUCAUCCAGCACUUGA